UUUGUGUUACUUCUCCGCAAUUUCAUGUAAUGACAGUGCAGCAUUACAAGAUAUCUAUAGGCAUAAGGCGAAGGCAGAGACGUCAUAAGAGAGAGACAUGACAGUCAAGCAGCACUGAACUGAACUCCGUGGAGUAAUCCUGUAGCAGCAAAGAUGCUGAUAAAAUCAUAUCUCGCAGUGGGGCUUUAAACGGGUUUUAAAACCAAAGUCACCGAACAUUUUCAGAGGUUUUGACAGGUGGAUCUGUACGUGCUGUUUAUUUUUUCUGUGUUGACGAACUUUACAACCUCGAAAUAACUUCCCGGACCCGUUUCGUUAAGCUACAGAUAUGAGCGACCUUCCCGUGAACCCUCUGGUUCUGAUUGGUAUCGGGUCCACCUUUGGCUUCUCCGGCCUGUUUUAUCACCUGUACAAAGAGAAGAAGAAAGAGUUGAAAGCGCUAAAGGAAAUCCCUGUUUUCAGACCAGAUGAAGAUUUGUUCAGGGUGCUGAAUGCCUCUCCCCACAGGCGGCUCCAGUAUGUUGCUGUUGAAGGUCAGGUCCAGGCAGAUGGGGAGCCUCUGACCAGCCAGUUCAUCCCACGAUGCUACGGUGUGAUUCAGAAGCUUGUUGCAGUGGAGCACUGGCAAUACUGGGACUCCAGUGCUGCGAAAUGGAACUCCCGGACAGGGUACAAAAAAGAGAGCAACAACUCUGUGCCCUUCAGUCUGAUCAGCCCAGGUGCCUACAUCUCUGAUGCAAGUGUGAGGGUGCACAAUCCUUUGGAGGCCUCCGGCUGCUUUCUGGAAAGGGUUUAUUACAAAAUGAGAAAUGCUGAGGAGGACCUUGUGAACUCAUUGCUGCAAACCGUGGGUGGGGAGAAACCAGUGUCGAAGGAGGAGACGGAGGAGAUGCUGCGCGUGGGGACCACCAUGACGGGGUUCGGCGAGGUUGUGCUGGAGCGAGGCCAGGUGAUGAGGCUACAGGCCCCGAGGGAUGGCCGCAAAUACAUCCUGGUGCCCACUGACUACAAUAGCUAUUUGAACAGCCACAGGUCGUCAGCCACCAUGUGGAAGACGCUGUCUGCCUUUACUGGGAUAACUGGAACUGCAGUUCUAGCCUGUGUCAUUCAUAGCAUGAUGGAUAAACGAGACAAACGAUCAAAUUAGAGCAGAAGACGAAGGGUUUGGUGCAGGUUUUACUGGUUGCUAAAGUUGUGUUAUGCUGACAUAAUUCUCUUGCAUAUUUUGAGCAGUUUCCUGUCAUGUUCCAAGGCAAACUUAGGGAUUUCCAGUCAUGACCAUGGGGGUGAAAAAUUAGAAACGCUGGUGCGAAUUAAACUUUUCUCAAUACACAUAAACAAAACUGUAAAUGUGACAACAGUAAAACAAAAAAAGAAGCCAAAUUCAUAAUAGUUUUGCAUCUUAAAAUGCAUUGGUUUUAUAUUUUGAAGUAGAUCUGCUAAAUGAAAAUUGUAAUAAGUGUUCUCUAAACAUGCUUAAAGAGGAGUUAAAGACUGGUUUGGUUUGUUACAGGCAGGCUGAAACCUGUGCGCUACUGUGAUUUUUUUUUUUUUUUCACUUUUCAUGUAACAAUUUCAUCAAAAUUGAUGCUUUAUUUUUGUCAUUAAAUUUUAUUUUUCUAAUUAGUUGAGAUUAAAGUAGGUUUAAUUUUACUCUUGGGUUGUUAACACACACUGUACAUUCAAGCUGUUAUUUGUAAUAAUUUCUAAUGAUUGUAGUUUAUGCUUUACUUUUACUGUUGGCGCAUUCCUUAUGCAAACGCUGUCCUCUCCUGACCAUGAAAUUAUUCCACCUCCACCAUAAAGAGGCUUCAAGUAUCUUUAAUACAGCUUAUGGUCCAAAGUAAAGAGGGGUGUCCUUCCAUGUGCCUUUUACAUCCUCGCAUAGAGUAGCCAAGAUGGAAGGAAGCAAGGAAGCAUGUUUGCAUAAAGAGAAGCAUUCUCCGAAUAUGCCCAGAGAAUUAAUGAAAUGUUUAAUUUUUGUCAAACAUUAUUAAGCUUGAAAUCUUAUUGUACUACAAUCUCCUACCUCUUGGAUUCUUUCCUUCUGCUCUGUUUUUAAAAUGAACAAUCAGUUUCAUUAAAUUAAAAAAAAAAAAUGCACACAAACUUUAAAAUGAUUUUAGUUUUGUAACAUCAGAGUUUAGAAAUGUCUGUUUGAUUUUGAGUGACACAUGUGGGAUUAUAAUAUUACCUUAUGCCAUGUUAUACCCCUAAUUAAAGAUUGUGAAGUAUUA